AUGGUGUUGGCCAGUGAUCUACGUUGUUUAUGGCUAGCUAAAUAUGAUGUGGAAUUCACCAUGACAUCGUUAACUGGACAGCUGUGUGCUGGGUCUUUGCCAACGAAAGAUUUGCGUCGUCUACUGCGGCAACCACCACUUCCAACAGUUACUGGAGAUAAGGCUGUUUUAUUGCGUAAAACGCUGGGGCAACAAAGCGAAAAACAAUGUCAGUCUACCACAGGUGACAGUUCUAUUCUAAAGCCUAAAUCAAAGCUUACAUUUAAACAUCUAACCCCUCCCAACUUAUUCAUGUGAGUUUAAGGUUGAAUAUCUUGUUUCAUAAUAUUACAAAAAGCACAUUUAUUGUUUCCUUAUUCAUUCCGAUUUUAUCGUUUCAUCACUUAUUCGAAAAGCAUGCAACUGCGCGAUUUUGUCGUGGAAAAAAUGAAUUGCACAUCUUUUGUUUUGUUGUAGUACAGUUGACUGGAUAGUUUGUAUUAGGAUCUUAACCGAUGGCUGCUACCUUGAUCCACCUCAAGGUGGUCGGGCUUGUUUAUCACAGUGACCCAACGAGCUAUGUUGGUGGAACGCUUCUUCCCUCAAUGUCCUAUCAUUCCAUAAACGUUAGCUGGAUAGUGGUACGACAGAAAGCCGUUACCAAUAUAGCGUAAAUUGCUACGCUGUGAUGGUUGUCUGAGGGCGAAGUUGUACUGGUGACAGAACGGAGAUGUGACAGCAGUAAGGUAUUUCCCUUGGAUAACCAGCAGUGCCAUGCUUGUGCUGCCUUCCCUAUGUGAAUGGGGUGGGGUUGGAAAGGGUUGGUCCCAAAAAUACCGCGUCCCCUUUACCCUUCAGGAUACCGAUACCUGCGCCAGGGAUUCAUAGUCGGAUCCGAAAACAGGAAACAAAAAUCUUAAACGUUCAGAAGGCAUUGUGUGAUCAUCCCCAAGCAGAUAUCUCUUGGGUUUUGUAGUCACGCACUAACUUUUCUUUUUCAGAUGAUUCAAUUUGACCUAGCCUUCCACAUAGUAUCGGUAACCGGAGAGUGUCAACCGCCCUAAGAACUUUGUCAGCACUCAAGUGACCUACGAUCACUAUCCAUCUUCCACAUUUUCAUCUUCUAAUCUUCCUUCUUAUCAUUCAGUCAAGUAUCCUACAUCAUCUUUGAUUCAUACCAGCUCUGCUACUUUCGACAACGAUCUGAGUCCACAGAAUAGCACCUGUGAUCUUCUGAAACUUCCCUCGAAACUAUACAUUGCAGCUUCCAAUGUCCGGUUCCUGCAACAAGUCGGCCAAUAUGCGUUAAUAGUCAAGCCUCUAGCAACUCGGACCAUGGAUCUGUGGUUCGUUUAUGAGACACGCAUACAUGACCUAAAUGCGGUUGUUCACCCAACCUCAUCCGGUCAAUAUGGUGGAUCUGAAAAAUUCACGCUUGGAGUUUCUAGAUAUUUGACGGCUAGUUCUCGCAGUCUUGCAGGUGUAGGUAUACUACUAAGCACUAAGGUAGAAAAAUUGUACUGGGCAAAUGGAUUCCAGUUGACGUUCGCCUGUGCGCUGUCCAACUGGAUGGUACAGUGAAGACUAAAAUGAGUGGUGAAACUCGCCGAUGUCUCUUUAGGAUCUCUGCUUGCACACCCAUUGACUGCAGUUUGGAUGAAGUCAAGAAUGAGUUCUACCGAAAAUGGUUUAGUCUCCUAUUAAAAGCUAAAUGUUCAGAGGUGGUUGUUUUUACAGGUGUUUCUAAUACAUAAGCAGGUAGGUUGUCAGGUAGAAAGGCACUUAGGUGGCGCUUUCGGAAACCCAACCGAACAAAAGGAUAACAGCGGCAACCGUUUAUUUCUAGCCAGCACAAACUUCGGAAAUAGUUAUUGUCUGAUGUGUCGUCCACCGAGCUCAACUCAUCAAUGAACACAAAUAGGCCACAUUGUCAUCAAUUAUCGCUGGAAAUGAUCAGUGGAAGAUUACCGCGCCGCCUGGAGCACGUGUUGGUUCGAGCGCGUAUUUGUCUGCGUCUCGAUAGACAUAGGAAAACUGUUUUCUUU